AGACACAUAGAUGUACAAUAAUACAUACAUUUGGAAUAUAAAUAAGGAUACAGAAACUGAAUACAACUAUAUCAAACCUAGUUAUCCAUUGGAACUUAAAGAAUUUGAAAGGACUUUAGGUUAUAAUCAUAUAACCCAAUCCCCUUAUUUUACAGAAGAGGAAAAUGAGACCUAGGGAGGUGCAAUCAGUUGCUCAAAAUCAUAUACAGCAACUUAGCAGCAAGACCUUGAUUGGAACCUAGGUCUUUUAAUACCCAGUCCAGUAUUAAUUUUCCCUUACAUCAUUCUGCCUUUCCUGCAAUGUCUCUAUGUCUCAGUGCUAAGUGUCAGAAUUGAAAAUUAUUGAUCUUUGCAAGAUUUAGCCUUUGUUUUAUGGGAUGGGUAGGGAAAAGAGUGAUAUUUGCUCCCCAGGUGGAAACUUUCAAGAGAAAUAACGUCCAUUUCAAAUUUCACUUCCCGCCAGGUUUUGCUUCACAAUCUGCUCUGCUAUUCUGAAAAGGUUAAUUUAUUCUUGUUAUUUAUUCUUAUGUAUUUAUUUGGAUGGGGAAAGAAGACUUCUCCUAUAGGUGACCUCCUCAUCAUUCCUCCCUACAUGUCUUUCCAUUGACGGGAAUAAUGUUUCAGUACCAGUUUAGGAAAGGGGGGAAAUGGGGUGAGGAAGACAUGAGGAAUCUCGGGGGAUUGACAGUGUCCACAUCGCGGUCCUCUGGAGUUUUUGAAUCAAUUAAAGGAAAGAAUGCUCUCUGUUUUCUACCAGGCCCUGGUGAGCGAUUGGCCAAGGCCGGUCCCGUGACCGAGUAUUGCCUGCAAUUUCGGCCGAGUCUCGGGUUUAAUAGAGAGAGUCCCCAUACGCCUGUAUUUAUCAGCAAUAUACAAUUAUAAAGACCCGAAAUAAAAAAGGGGGGGGAGAAAGAGAGAGAGCAAAAUCUCCCUCCCCCUCCAACAACACUCCAUCUAUAACUUGGGGGGGGAGGGGGGGUCCUUCCGAUCCUCCCUUCCUGACAUCCCCCCCCCUGCAGCCCCCCUCCCCCACCCUGAGGCUGGGACUAUUGAAAGCCAUGAAUUUUGAAUUUGAGAGGGAGAUUGGGUUUAUAAACAGCCAGCCAUCGCUCGCCGAGUGCCUGACUUCCUUCCCCGCUGUCUUGGAGACAUUUCAAACUUCAUCAAUCAAGGAGUCGACAUUAAUUCCUCCUCCUCCUCCUUUCGAGCAAACCAUCCCCAACCUCCAGCCGGGCGCCUCCACCCUUCAGAGACCCCGGAGCCAAAGGCGAACCGAGGAUGGGCCGGCUCCGCCGCUGCCACCGCCUCCACCUCAGUCUCUUCUCGCAGCUCCCUUGGCCCCCGAAUUCCCCUGGAUGAAAGAGAAGAAAUCGACCAAGAAACCCAACCAAUCGGCCUCAUCCCCUGCCCCAGCUUCCUCCACGGUGCCGGCCUCAGGAGCUGGAUCACCCACAGAUACCACUGGACUUCAGGAUGGAAGCAGCAGCGGGGCCAGGAGACUGCGAACAGCCUACACAAACACGCAACUGCUGGAGCUGGAGAAGGAAUUCCAUUUUAACAAAUACCUGUGCCGGCCUCGCCGGGUGGAAAUCGCCGCGUUGCUAGACUUGACAGAGAGGCAGGUCAAAGUGUGGUUUCAGAACCGGCGAAUGAAACAUAAACGACAGAACCAGCAUAAGGAAUCUCUGGAUGGCGAAGUUUACCCUGGGGCUCUAGAGGAAGGCAGUGACCCAGCGGAGGAAUCCGAGGGUAGCCCGGCUCUGGGUCAAGCUCCGGAUGCUCCAUUGCGGUCCCGAGAGGAUAAAGAGGCCUGUUCUCUCCCCAAUAAGCCCUCCCUAGGCCAGCUAGGACCUCGGCUGUUGUCGGCUGCAUCAGAGAAUUCGAAUUCCGAGAGUCCUCAGUACUCGGAGGACAGGCCAGGGGCGAUGGAACCAGAAACCCUCUUAGAAGACUCAUUCCCGGAGAGGCAAGAUUCUCCUUUCUUGCCAGAUCUCAACUUCUUUGCUUCAGAUUCCUGCCUCCAGCUCUCGGCGGGGCUUUCCCCUACCCUGCAGGGAUCCCUGGACAGUCCAGUUCGAUUCUCUGAGGAAGACCUGGAUUUCUUCACCAGCACGCUCCGAACCAUAGACUUAGAACAUCUACAGUUCCAAUAACAACCCUCCCCCAAACACACCUAACACUCUUCCUGACCUCUUCACUUCGUAACGGGGAGUCCUCUUUGUAGGUUAAAGUACUCCUUUCUCCUUCCCUUCCCUUUCCUUAUACUCCUAGAAUCCUUAUAAGUGUUACUAAAAAUUCAGGUAUUAUCGAAUUAGAAUCUUAUCCGUUUUCUUCUCUCUCUCUCUCUCUCU